AUGGUUAACGUGGCAGUCGCAGGUGGCACAGGAGGUGUCGGUCGAACCAUCGUCGACGUUCUCCAAACCUCCAAGCAUGAAGCUUUUGUUCUCUCACGAAAGCCAUCAAAUGGAGUCAUUCCAGUUGAUUAUAGCAACCUUGACGAGCUCUCCUCCACCCUCGAACAGCACAACAUCCACACCGUCAUCUCGGCCUUUGCCGUCACAGGCGAUUCUCUCGCCCAUGCCCAGAUGAAUCUGAUCAAAGCCGCCAUCCAAUCGAGCCAGACGAAGCGAUUCAUCCCCAGUGCUUUUGCCAUUCCGUAUCCUCGCGAGGCAUUGCAACAUCUGCCUCAACUGGAAGACUACUUCAACGCCAUCGAAUUGCUCAAAGCAUCCAACCUGGAAUGGACUGUCUUUCUGAAUGGCAUCUUCCUCGACUACUUCAUUCCCCCCUCCAUGCCAUCCUAUCUCAAACCCAACGUCUUUGUGAUCGACAUGGCCCAUAAGGUCGCAGCCAUUCCCGGCGAUGGCAGUGUGCCUGUCACCUUUACGUACACCUUUGAUCUGGCUCGAUUUGUCGUGGCUGCGUUGGAUCUCGAACACUGGCCGGAGGAGAGUAGAGUUAUUGGCGACGAGAUGAGCUGGAAUGAAUUCGUUGCGUUGGCAGAAACAACUCUAGAAUGCAAAUUCGACAUCCACUACGAUCCAAUCGACAAACUCAGGCAGUUUGAGAUUACCGAGCUCCCAGGCCAUCAAGCGUUGUAUUCUCACUUUCCCCAAAAAGCAUUCCAGUGGUUCAUGUCCAUCUUUGAAUUGUUCACCACUGAUGGAAGUGCCUGCAUUGAAAAAGAGGGAUGUCUGAAUGAACGGUUUCCAGAGAUUCACCCUCUGACUGUUGAGGAUAUAUUAAAAAGAUGGAGGUAUUCAUUCAAUUCAACAGCAGCUAGAUAA